AUGUCGGGCCUCGCAAUGGAUCCGGCCAGCUCGUCGGCCAUUGACGACAACGACUUUGACGAGGACCAUGGCGAGCACCACCCCCACAGAAACUCGGUGCACCACAAGCUGCGUGCCAGCAGCUCCAUCAUGCAGCUCAAGAAGCUGUUGGUGGCCAACCGAGGAGAGAUCCCCAUCCGCAUUUUCCGCACAGCCCACGAGCUGUCGCUGCACACAGUGGCUGUCUACAGUCAUGAGGACCGCCUCAGCAUGCACAGGCAAAAGGCCGACGAGGCCUACGAGAUUGGCGCGCGGGGCCAGUACACGCCUGUCGGCGCCUACCUGGCCGGCGACGAGAUCAUCAAGAUUGCCGUCGAGCACAAUGUCAACAUGAUUCACCCGGGCUAUGGUUUCUUGUCGGAAAAUGCAGAGUUUGCCCGCAACGUGGAAAAGGCCGGCCUCAUUUUUGUUGGCCCCUCUCCCGAUACCAUUGACGCCCUCGGCGACAAGGUCUCCGCCCGAAAGCUCGCCGUCAAGUGCAACGUCCCCGUUGUACCGGGAACCCCUGGCCCUGUCGACAAGUUCGAAGACGCCAAGGCCUUUACCGAUGAGUAUGGUUUCCCCAUCAUCAUCAAGGCCGCCUUUGGCGGUGGUGGCCGUGGUAUGCGUGUAGUGCGUGAGCAGUCAACUCUCAAGGAUAACUUUGAGCGUGCCACAUCAGAAGCCAAGUCGGCUUUCGGCAACGGAACCGUUUUCAUCGAGCGAUUCCUCGACAAGCCCAAGCACAUUGAAGUCCAGCUCCUGGGUGACAACCAGGGUAAUGUCGUCCAUCUGUACGAGCGUGACUGCAGUGUCCAGCGUCGUCACCAAAAGGUCGUUGAGAUUGCUCCGGCCAAGGAUCUCCCGGUUGAGACUCGUGAUGCCAUUCUUGCCGACGCUGUCAGGCUGGCGCAGAGCGUCAAGUACAGGAACGCGGGUACUGCUGAAUUCCUGGUUGAUCAGCAGAAUCGCUACUACUUUAUCGAAAUCAACCCCCGUAUUCAGGUUGAGCACACCAUUACUGAAGAAGUCACUGGCAUCGAUAUUGUUGCCGCACAGAUCCAGAUUGCCGCAGGCGCUUCCCUUGAGCAGCUUGGUCUGACUCAAGAUCACAUCUCUACUCGUGGUUUUGCCUUCCAAUGCCGUAUCACCACCGAAGAUCCUGCUCAGAGCUUCGCGCCUGACACCGGAAAGAUCGAGGUAUACCGUUCCGCUGGUGGAAAUGGUGUCCGUCUCGACGGUGGUAACGGUUUCGCAGGAGCCAUCAUCACUCCACACUAUGAUUCCAUGUUGGUCAAGUGCUCCUGCCGUGGUUCGACCUACGAAAUUGUGCGCCGUAAGAUGCUGCGUGCACUGGUCGAGUUCCGUAUCCGUGGAGUCAAGACCAAUAUUCCUUUCUUGAUCAAGCUUCUCACACACCCUACCUUCGUGGAUGGUCAGUGCUGGACCACUUUCAUCGACGAUACCCCGGCUCUAUUCGAUCUUAUUGGAUCCCAGAACCGUGCUCAGAAGCUGCUUGCAUAUCUCGGUGACCUGGCUGUCAACGGCAGCCAGAUCAAGGGACAGAUUGGCGAGCCCAAAUUCAAGGGUGUUGUCCCCAUUCCCGCCAUCCACGACCACACUGGCAAGAAGGUUGAUACUUCUGCUCCUUGCACCGAAGGUUGGAGGAACGUCAUCUUGAAGGAUGGUCCCGAGGGCUUUGCAAAGGCUGUGCGUGCCAACAAGGGCUGUCUCAUCAUGGACACCACCUGGCGUGAUGCCCACCAGUCGCUUCUCGCGACUCGUGUCCGAACAGUUGACCUCCUCAACAUUGCCAAGGAGACUAGCCAUGCUUUCUCCAAUGCCUGGGCUCUCGAGUGCUGGGGUGGUGCUACCUUUGACGUUGCCAUGCGUUUCCUUUACGAGGACCCAUGGGACCGCCUGAGGAAGAUGAGGAAGCUUGUGCCCAACAUUCCCUUCCAGAUGCUUCUUCGUGGCGCCAACGGUGUUGCAUACUCUUCCCUGCCCGACAACGCCAUCUACCACUUCUGUGAGCAAGCCAAGAAGAACGGUGUCGACAUCUUCCGUGUCUUUGACGCGCUGAACGAUGUUGAGCAGCUCGAGGUUGGUGUCAAGGCUGUUCUCAAGGCUGGCGGUGUUGCCGAAGCGACAGUCUGCAUCAGUGGUGACAUGUUGAACCCCAAGAAGAAGUACAACUUGGAGUACUACUUGGACGUCGUUGAGAAGACUGUCAAGAUGGGCGCCCACAUUCUUGGCAUCAAGGACAUGGCUGGUGUGCUCAAACCUCGCGCUGCUCGCCUCUUGGUUGGUACUAUCCGCAAGAAGUACCCAGACCUUCCUAUCCAUGUCCACACUCACGACUCUGCUGGUACUGGUGUGGCAUCUAUGGUUGCUUGCGCCGAGGCUGGUGCUGACGCCGUUGAUGCCGCCAUUGACAGCAUGUCUGGUAUGACUUCCCAGCCCAGCGUUGGAGCCAUCCUUGCAUCUCUCGAGGGCACCGACUUCGACGCCGGUCUGGACGCCCACAUGAUCCGCAACCUCGAUGCCUACUGGGCUCAGCUCCGUCUUGUCUACUCACCCUUUGAGGCUGGUCUUACCGGACCCGACCCCGAGGUCUACGAGCACGAGAUUCCCGGAGGUCAACUCACCAACCUCAUCUUCCAGGCUGCUCAGCAGGGUCUUGGUGAGCAGUGGGCUCAGACUAAGAAGGCUUAUGAGCAGGCCAACGACUUGCUCGGUGACAUUGUCAAGGUCACUCCUACGUCCAAGGUUGUCGGUGACUUGGCCCAGUUCAUGGUGUCUAACAAGCUUUCCUACGAUGACGUUCUAGCCAAGGCUGAACAACUUGACUUCCCGUCGUCAGUCCUAGAGUUCUUCGAGGGUCUCAUGGGUCAGCCCUACGGCGGGUUCCCAGAACCUCUUCGCACACAGGCUCUCCGUGGCCGCAGGAAGAUGGACAAGCGUCCUGGUCUCUACCUUGAGCCCGUGGACAUUGUCAAGAUCAAGUCUGAGCUCAAGGCGAAGUGGGGUGACGCCACCGAGUGUGAUGUUUCAUCCUACAUCAUGUACCCCAAGGUCUUUGAGGACUACAAGAAAUGGACUACCAAGUACGGAGAUCUCUCUGUGCUGCCUACUCGGUACUUCCUGGCCCGUCCUGAGAUUGGCGAGGAGUUCCACGUUGAGCUAGAGAAGGGCAAGGUGCUCAUUCUCAAGCUCCUGGCCAUUGGUCCGCUCUCUGAGCAGACUGGUCUCCGUGAGGUCUUUUACGAGAUGAACGGUGAGACCCGUGUUGUUACUGUUGAGGACCAGCACGCAGCCAUUGAGAACGUUUCACGGCCGAAGGCUGAUCCCACCGACAGCAGCCAGAUUGGUUCGCCCAUGUCUGGUGUAUUGGUUGAGGUGCGUGUUCACGAUGGCAGCGAUGUCAAGAAGGGUGACCCUGUUGCUAUCUUGAGCGCCAUGAAGAUGGAGAUGGUCAUCUCAGCACCACACUCUGGAAAGGUUAGUGGACUGUCUGUACGCGAGGGCGACUCUGUCGACUCUGGCGACCUUGUAUGCAAGCUGGUCAAGUAAACAAGGGAUAUGGGAUAUGGAAUUUGUGACGAUAAGAAUGAAGACGAUUAAAUGAAUACAAAAGCAAGGCGCACGGAUGCCAUUUAUGAUUGAAAGUGUGCAAUGACCUGAUGCGUGUUAUGUAACGAACUUUGUAUGUGGUGAUCAACAAUGAACUUGUUUCGAA